AUGGAGCUGGCUCAGGAGCCGGUGACUUUCAAGGAGGUGUCUGUGUAUUUCACCAGGGAAGAGGGGGCUCUACUGGACCCCAGUCAGAGAGCCCUCUACAGGGAUGUCAUGCAGGAGAGCUAUGAGAUGGUGGUCUUUCUGGUAGGGUUUCCAAUUUCCAAACCUGAUGUGAUCUCGGAGCUGGAACGAGGGGAAGAGCCGUGGGUUCCAGACCUCCAUGGCUCUGAGAAAAAAGUGCUCCUGAGAGCUGCCUGCACAGGUGUUGGGAUGGUGAGUGAGAACGAGGAGAAACCCCAGCAGGAAAAUGCUGAGCAAGUAUUACCCCAAGGGAUGUUAUCAGGAAGAUCGAAAGGGAAUGAUUCCAGGAGUUGUGCACUCUCAGAAAAAGCAAAAGCCUGUGAUAGUCAGCACAGGCCAGCGGAAAACUUCAGUAGCCACUCAGACCUUAUUACACGCGAGAAAAUCAACUUGGAAGAGACACACUACACACGCCGUGAGUGCGGGAAAAGCUUCAAUCAGAGCUCUUCCCUUCUCACACAUCAGAGAAUCCACACGGGUGAGAAACCUUACAGAUGCUCUGAGUGUGGGAAACACUUCAGUCAGAGAUCAAACCUUAUCAGACAUAGGAGAAUCCAUACAGGUGAGAAACCUUAUGGAUGCCAUGAGUGUGGGAAAAGCUUUAGUGUGCACUCAAAUGUUAUCAGACAUAGGCGAAUCCACACAGGAGAGAAACCCUACACGUGCUCUGAGUGCAGGAAAAGCUUCAAUCAGAGCUCAAGCCUUAUCAGACAUCGGAGAAUGCACACAGGAGAAAAGCCCUACACAUGCUCUGAGUGUGGGAAAUGCUUCAUUGAUAGUUCAAAGCUCAUCAUACAUCAGAGAAUUCAUACAGAAGAGAUGCCCUAUACGUGCUCUGAGUGUGGGAAAAGCUGUAGUCGGCACUCAGUCCUUAUCUCACAUUGUAGAAUCCACACAGGAGAGAAACUCUGCACAUGCUCUGAGUGUGGGAAACGCUUCAGUUAUAGCUCAGCCUUCAUCUCACAUCAGCGAAUCCACACAGGAGAGACGCCCUACACAUGCUCUGAGUGUGGGAAAAGCUUCGGUUAUAGCUCACACCUUACCACAUAUCAGAGAAUCCACAUGGAUGAGAAACCUUAUGGAUGCUCUGAGUGUGGGAAACGCUUCAAUCAGAGCUCAAGCCUUAUUAAACAUCAGAAAAUCCACAUGAGAGAGAACUAUAAUAAAUGUCUUGACUAG